AUGCAGAGAAAAGUUAGGGCAAAUGCGGCGAAAAUAGGAGUGGAGAAGAAGAGGAGAGGUAAUGCCGGAAUAAAUGGACAUGGGGGAAAAAGGAGUGAACAGGAAUAUCGGGAGAUGGAGAAACAACCCUCCUUUUUCUCAAUUUCUAGUGCUACUAAGCCACAAAAAUACUCCAAGCCUCAAACAACCAUCAAGGCUACUGCUGCAGAGGAAAAAACUGAGGCGGCUCCGGUGGGCUUUACACCACCAGAAUUGGACCCAAAUACCCCAUCGCCAAUUUUUGGCGGCAGCACUGGUGGGUUGUUGAGGAAGGCUCAGGUGGAGGAGUUUUAUGUGAUCACUUGGCAGUCACCCAAGGAACAAAUAUUUGAAAUGCCCACUGGUGGUGUAGCUAUCAUGAGGCAAGGUCCUAACUUGCUUAAGCUGGCUAGGAAAGAGCAGUGCUUGGCUCUUGGGACUAGACUCAGGUCCAAAUACAAGAUUAAGUACCAGUUUUACAGGGUGUUCCCAAAUGGGGAAGUCCAAUAUUUGCAUCCUAAGGAUGGAGUGUAUCCUGAGAAGGUGAACCCCGGGCGUCAAGGUGUUGGCCAUAAUUUCAGGUCAAUCGGAAAGAAUGCGAGUCCAAUUGAGGUGAAGUUCACUGGGAAGCAAGUUUACGAUUUGUGAUGGAUCUGUGAUUUUAUGUGAUUAUUUUACUGUUGUUUGGUGUAAUUGUGUUCCUUUCUAAGAAGCUACAAGAGAAGCAAAACUUGCUAGUUAAGUACUUGAACAUAUAAGGGAACCGAUUCCUUUUGUACCAUGAAGCUGGUAUGGUAAAUUCCUUUCAAAUGGUUCAAUUAGUAUUCACCGGCAAUAAAUAUCAAUAUGGAGCUUCUAGUCAUGAUGAUUCAGUGAUUGUCUCAGUUGGCUAAAUACUAGUCGAUCUAUGAGGGUAAGUCCCCAAAGCCUUCCAAGUCUAGAAUUGCCAAGAUCCGGAAGGGCUUUUACUAGCUAACCCUCCCUGUAUGUGCAAUUUUCUUUUACAUUAAGAUUUGGGGAAGUAAUCAUUCAAAUAAUUGGAUUAUACAUGCAUAUGAUUUGUGAGA